AAGACUUGGAAUCUUGUGUAACACCAUUGCCAGAAGCAAACAAUCCAAACGAAUUCGCAGGAGGCGCGUUGGAGGAUUGGCCAGACCGAGCUUUUGCUGUACCGCCUAGGAUAAUCCGGGGUACUAUACCGGACACUAAUGCUGAAAAAUUCAGAGAAGACAAUGAAGUAUGGAAGGAAAGAAUAGCAUAUUACAAACAGAUAAUGCCAGAGUUUUCAAGGGGAAGAUUCAGGAACAUAAUGGACAUGAAUGCGUACCUAGGAGGGUUUGCUGCCGCGAUAAUGAAAUAUCCAUCUUGGGUUAUGAAUGUGGUUCCUGUGGAUGCUGAGAAGCAAACGUUAGGUGUGAUUUACGAACGAGGAUUUAUAGGGACGUAUCAAGAUUGGUGUGAAGGAUUCUCUACGUAUCCAAGAACUUAUGAUUUGAUUCAUGCCGGUGGAUUGUUCAGCAUUUACGAGAACAGGUGUGAUGUGACUUUGAUUCUACUUGAGAUGGAUAGAAUACUAAGACCAGAGGGAACAGUGGUAUUUAGGGACAAUGUUGAAACAUUGACGAAGAUACAAAGCAUAACCAAUGGAAUGAAGUGGAAGAGUCGAAUUUUGGAUCAUGAGAAAGGCCCCUUCAACCCCGAGAAGAUCCUUCUCGCUGUAAAAUCAUACUGGACCGGUCCUUCAUCUUAACUAUUUUGGAACUCUCUAUUCCAAUCUUCUUUAUCUUGUGUGUCUCAUUUUUUUUUUUUUUU